GUUAGGGGCUGAAGCAGGAGCUUGUUUCAUUUUGCUCUAAUCGCUCAUCCAGGAGCCUGUUGCACUCAGGGACUUUUGGACUCUAGCCUGGAUGUUGUAGCUCAGGGUUGGGCUUUCCUGGACUUCCUCGUCUGCUUUGCAGCAACUGUUUCUUGAGGACGCUGCAUGUCUGUUGUGCAGACAUGGGCACCUCUGUUUGUUUUAGGAUUACUAUAUGCUUGGCCAUCACCUUGGCUCAGGUGAUUGCUGUGACCUGCCAAGAAAAUACGAAGACGGAUUCCUGCACAGUGGACGGCAAAACCUACCCCAACGAUCAGAUAUGGAACCCGGAGCCUUGCCGGGUUUGUUUAUGCGAUAAGGGGAUGGUCUUGUGUGAGGACGUGGUUUGUGAGGAUUUAGGUGACUGCCAGCCCACAGAGAUCCCAGAGGGCGAGUGCUGCCCCGUGUGCUCAACUGCAAAACAGCACCAGUCCGAUGCCGAAGCUGACACCUGCACAGAAAAUGGGAAAGUCUACGCCGAUAAAGAGAUGUGGAACCCAGAGCCAUGUCGACAAUGUGUUUGCAAUACGGGGACCAUUACAUGUGAAGACGUGGUGUGUGAGGACAUUGAUGGUUGCCAGAAAACAGUAAUCCCAGAUGGGGAAUGUUGUCCUGUGUGCCUUACUGUGGCUUCAACCUUUACACCAAACACAGACCCUGAAACAGCUGCCGAUGAAAAGAAAGCAAAAACCUGCACGGUUGAUGGGGAGGUCCACCCCCACAAUGAAAUCUGGAAACCCGCACCCUGUCGUGUAUGCGUCUGUGACGACGGAGUCUCCAUCUGCGAUGACAUUCAGUGCGAGGUGUUGGCAAACUGCGAGAAGGUCGUCACACCUGAGGGAGAGUGUUGCCCCGUGUGCGACACCUUUGCCAGUGCCGGCAGAGCGAUCGAAAUUAUGGGCUUUAAGGGGCAAAAGGGAGAACCAGGUGAUAUACCGUAUGUUGUGGGAAACCCAGGAUCACCAGGACCUACGGGCCCUCCAGGACCCCCUGGAAGAAUGGGACCAAGAGGCUUCAAAGGCAGACGAGGUUUUACAGGACCGCCAGGAUUUGACGGCGAGCCCGGUGUGCCGGGAAAUCCAGGACAACCUGGACCCCCCGGGGAGUCCUCUCCUCCUGGAGCAAAUCUGGUGUCACAAAUGGCUACAGGUUUUAGCGAGAAGUCCAGUUUUGCUUCAAUGAUGACAGCACAGAGGGGUGAAGCAGGACCGCGAGGACUUCCUGGACCAACUGGACCUCCUGGGGCAACUGGUGGUCAAGGAUUUCCUGGAGAACAUGGAGACCCAGGACCAAUGGGCGAGCCUGGUCUUCGAGGACCCGAUGGACCACCUGGGAAACCAGGACCUGAUGGCGGAGCUGGGCCUGAAGGGGCAACUGGAGAGCCAGGAUUUCCAGGAUCACCGGGCGCAAGGGGAUUCCCAGGACUUCCAGGUCUUCCAGGACGAAAAGGCCCAAAAGGAACCUCUGGUCUUGGAGGGCCAAAAGGAGAGACUGGAGCAGUCGGAGCAAAGGGUGGAUCAGGUAGUGCUGGUGAAAUGGGCCCCCCAGGACCCCCGGGUCCACCAGGUUUGCAAGGAGAACGAGGCAGAAUUGGACCCACUGGUUCUUUGGGUAAACGUGGUACACCCGGCCAUGUUGGCAAACCAGGACCUAUGGGUCCUAUAGGAAUUCCAGGUAUUCCAGGAUUCCCUGGAAAUCCAGGGAUGAAGGGUGAAGCAGGACCUACGGGAGUAAGAGGAAGUAGAGGACAGCAGGGACCAAGGGGAGAUUCUGGACGCGUUGGACCGCCCGGACCAACUGGACAGCGGGGUACACCAGGACCUGAUGGUGCCCCGGGUGCCCGUGGUUCCUCUGGUAUAGCAGGUGUACAGGGUCCACCAGGAUUUGUUGGUCCAGCUGGUCCUCCCGGCUCCCAGGGAACCACUGGAGCGCCAGGACCAAAAGGCCAAUUGGGUGAUGGGGGACUGCCAGGACUUAAAGGAGAAGCUGGGCUUAAAGGAGAAAGAGGUGACCAUGGCAUUCCAGGGCCAAUUGGUCCUAUGGGGGAGGAUGGAAAACGUGGACCUCGAGGGGAUGCCGGAUCCAUUGGUCCUCCAGGACCACAGGGGGAGACGGGACCACCAGGAAACAGAGGUUUUCCAGGUGCGGAUGGUUUACCAGGUCAAAAGGGAGCCCAGGGUGAGAGAGGAUUGCCGGGAUCACCUGGCAUCAAAGGUUUGGCUGGAGACCCGGGUCGCAAUGGAGAGCAAGGUCUAACAGGAGCACGGGGUCUCUCAGGGCCUAUUGGUGCUCAGGGAGCAGAGGGAAGGCAGGGACCAAUGGGUUUGGCUGGAGAGGAUGGUAAACCUGGCCCAGCUGGCCCGACUGGAACCAGAGGUGGUGCUGGAGUGAUGGGUCUUCCAGGGCCAAAAGGGUUCCAAGGUGAUGCUGGAAAGGUUGGAGAAGCCGGAACUCCUGGAGCUCCUGGUCAAAGGGGAGCAAAUGGGAAAGACGGAGAAACAGGUGCAGCCGGUCCACCUGGCCCAGCUGGUCUUGCAGGAAAGAGAGGCGAGCAGGGACCUCAAGGACAGGCGGGUUUCCAGGGUUUGCCUGGACCUUCAGGUCCACCCGGAGAGUCAGGAAAACCAGGCGACGCGGGUCUAGCAGGUGAGAUGGGCACUGUUGGAGAGACGGGACCAAGAGGCGAAAGAGGCUCACCAGGAGAAAGAGGAGAAACUGGACCUAAUGGGCUUCAGGGACCUAAAGGUAGUCCAGGAGCCCCAGGGCAGGAUGGACCCAAGGGUAGCCCGGGUCCACAGGGUGCUGCCGGAGAGCCAGGUGGGCCAGGGCUUCAGGGGAUGCCGGGAGAAAGAGGUAUUCCAGGACCCUCAGGACCAAAGGGAGAUCCUGGUUCUGUUGGAGACAAAGGACCAGAAGGAAAGGCUGGAGCGGAUGGUGCUAGGGGUCUUGCUGGUCCAGUCGGACCUGCCGGUCCCAGUGGACCAAAUGGAGAAAAGGGUGAAACAGGGCCGCCAGGACCAACAGGGCGCCGAGGCACCAGAGGAACCCCUGGUUCCAGCGGUGAGCCUGGUCCAACCGGAGCAGUCGGCUUCCCUGGACCUUCUGGUCAAGAUGGUCAGCCAGGGGUUAAAGGUGAAACAGGAGAACCAGGACCUAAAGGAGAAGCAGGAGCUCACGGGCCUCAGGGAACGGCUGGAAAACCCGGUGAACAGGGACCGGUUGGAGUGACCGGGCUCAAAGGAGGCAGAGGAACUCAAGGCCCAGUUGGGUCUCCUGGUUUUCCUGGACUUCCUGGAAGAGUUGGACCCCCAGGUUCAGUUGGGGCUACUGGAGCUGAUGGGCCCAUAGGCGCUCCUGGAAAGAAAGGCCCUCCAGGAAUUCGAGGAGAAAAUGGUGCUCAAGGUCGUCAGGGCGAGAAUGGACAGCCAGGACCAGCAGGAAGCCCAGGAGAGAAGGGAGGGCCAGGAGAGGACGGUCCUCCGGGACCCGAUGGGCCCCCUGGACCCGCCGGCACAACAGGGCAGAGAGGAGUAGUAGGUCAGCCAGGAGUUCGAGGAGAGCCAGGCUCUGUAGGACUGCCGGGUCCUGCUGGUCCACCUGGAAAACCAGGAGCUCCCGGUACUCAGGGGGCCAAAGGUCCUCCUGGUGGAGUUGGUUUACCCGGAGCCAAAGGGCCAAGAGGAGAUCCUGGUCCUGAGGGCAUUGCUGGAGCUGAGGGGUCUCCUGGUAAAGAUGGUCUGGUAGGAGAACGGGGAGAUCAAGGAAACCCAGGCCCGGAGGGUUUGCCUGGUGUGGCGGGGUCACCGGGUAACGAGGGUCCAGUGGGAACGACUGGUAAUCCUGGACAAAGAGGAGAAAAUGGUGCAAGAGGGCCCCCAGGACCCCAAGGGCAGCCUGGUAUACGAGGAAAAGUGGGCCCUCAAGGACCACAGGGAGAAAAGGGAGGAGUUGGAGAACCUGGCGAAAGGGGUCAGAAAGGACACAGAGGCUUCACAGGACUCCAGGGUCUCCCUGGAACAACCGGUGCUACAGGAGACGCAGGAGCUCGAGGGAUUGUUGGACCAGCUGGACAAAGGGGGCCUCCUGGGGUGAUGGGUCCUCCGGGAAAAGAGGGAAAUGCCGGCCAGCCGGGACCAAUGGGAGCUCCGGGCACCAGAGGAACCAUAGGAGACCUUGGAGCUCAGGGUCCAACUGGAGAACCUGGACCACCCGGUCCUCCAGGUCCCCCGGGACCUCCAACAGCAGCUGUAGAGGAGCUGUUUGCUGUGGAUUAUGAUGUAAUAGGUGACGUUCAGGAAGCAGUAGAGUACGAUAACUCUGCUGAUCUUCCUUCUCCCCCAGAGUUUAACAAAGACGAAGCUAGGCCAAAUACUAAGGUCCUGCAGGCUGAAUCGGGUGUCCGAGCCUCGCUUAAGACCCUCAGCGGACACGUUCAGAACCUGCGCAAUCCAGAUGGGAGUAAGAUGAACCCUGGCAAGACCUGCAUGGACAUUAUGCAUUGUCACCCUCAAAAAAAGAGCGGCGAAUACUGGUUGGAUCCAAACCAAGGAAGCACAAAAGAUGCAAUCCGUGUCUUCUGCAACAUGGAAACUGGUGAAACCUGCAUCCAUGCCAAUCCGGCCAGUAUCCCAAGGAAAGUCUGGUGGACGAAAUCCACUCCCAACCCAAACAAACCCGUCUGGUUCGGGGCCGAUAUGAAUGGGGGAACCAGAUUCCUCUACGGCAACGAGGAGGACCUGCCGAACGCUGUGGCGGUCCAGAUGAAGCUGCUGCAGCUUUUGUCGAAGGAGUCUUACCAAAACGUCACGUACCACUGCAAGAACAGCGUGGCAGUGCAAGACGAGCAGACCAAAAACCUGAAGAAGGCCAUGGUCCUCAAAGGUGCCAACGGGCAAGACCUGAGGGCUCAGGGCAACACCCGGAUGAGAUACACCGUCAUAGAGGACGGCUGCUCGACAACAAAUGGAGAAUGGGGCAAGACAGUGAUCGAGUACAGGACUCAAACAACUACCAGGCUCCCCAUUGUGGACUUGUCCCCAAUGGAUGUUGGCAAGGCGGAUCAAGAGUUUGGCCUGGAUAUCGGGCCGGUGUGCUUCUCAUAAUAUCAUAGAGAUGGACGCAUGGUCAGCUUCUUUUAGAAGGGUACAAAAGUCACCUGUUGCAUCACCAUGGAGGGACACUCAUGCCAUCUAUUUACAUUUUCCAGAAAAGAAAUCUGAACCACAAAGAUAAACAGAUGGUUUGUAAACUUAUGUAAAGUAGGGAGUCUUUAACAAUUUCCACCUUUUUUUUUCUAGUAGAUUUACAGCAAUAUGCUCACUAAAGGAAGAGUUGAUGUAGAAUGGCUGUAGCUCUUAAGUUUAAAGGAAUAAAUAAUUAAAUUAUUAACGUCUUGGCAAGAAAGUCAGUAAAAA